GGUUCUUCGUUUCGUCUCGAGAGAAACCCGCUGAGGAAGACGAAAAAUGGAAGGAGUGGUAGUAGCCAACACGCAGAACCAGCAGGAAGACAACAAGGUUCGCACCGAUGUAUUGCUCUUCAACCGCUGGAGUUACGACGACAUUCAGGUCAAUGACUUGUCGGUUGAGGACUACAUCACUGCCACUGCUGCCAAGCAUCCUACCUAUAUGCCACACACCGCUGGUAGGUACCAAGCCAAGAGGUUCAGAAAGGCACAGUGUCCAAUCGUUGAAAGGUUGGUGAACUCACUGAUGAUGCAUGGAAGGAACAAUGGGAAGAAGCUCAUGGCAGUUCGCAUUGUCAAGCAUGCUAUGGAAAUCAUCCAUUUGCUGACCGACUUGAACCCUAUCCAAGUGAUUGUUGAUGCUGUGAUCAACAGUGGACCAAGAGAAGAUGCGACCCGUAUCGGUUCUGCUGGUGUUGUCAGACGCCAGGCUGUUGAUAUUUCGCCUCUUCGCCGUGUGAACCAGGCAAUCUAUCUCCUCACAAGCGGUGCCCGUCAGAGUGCUUUCAGGAACAUCAAGACCAUUGCUGAGUGCCUUGCUGACGAGCUCAUUAAUGCUGCCAAGGGCUCUUCCAACAGCUAUGCUAUCAAAAAGAAGGAUGAGAUUGAGAGAGUUGCAAAGGCCAACCGUUAAACUAGAGUAUUCAAGCAGAUUCUAUGCUUUUUUUUUUCUUUUUUUUUUUUUGUGUUUUAGAUUAUUUUAAAUUCAACAAAUUUUGUUCUUUCUGUUAUUGCUAGCCAGCAUUAAGGGAUAAAUGGACGGUUAUUUUUAACCAA